CUGCUUGCUUUGUGUUUUUUACUUAGCAUUCGUUGUCAUGUUUUCCGUUGGAUCCGUCCUCAGUCACUUGGCGCACCAACUUCGCGCCAUACUGGGUCUUCGACCUCCCUCCGACCUCCGACGUUCUCGUUUCAAAUCCACAACCUCGACAACUUCAUUUAUUUCGCAAGCUAUCAACUAGUAGUUCGACCAUGCCAGGAAGCAACAAGACCCCACGCAUCCGCAUCAGGCUGAGCAGCAGCGCAAAAAAGGUGACUCCGUCCGUUCUGACUGACAUUACUAACCUUCCAUUACCUCUAGCUAGAAACACGUCAAUCGUCGCGACCGAAAACGAACAGCUCAGAAGGCAAGUCGCUUCGCUUGAAAAGGAAAACGAAGAACUCAGAGUCGCCCUCUAUAGCCAGAAUAAACGGAGUCUCGACACCGCUUCGAACGGUGAGCCAUCAAAGAAAGCUCGAACGACCUCGCAUCGCCGCAAACUAUUCAAGAAAUGGGCCAAAAGCGUGCUUCGUGAAAGCGCCAAAGUCAAGCUUACCACGUACGAUUCUCGAAAGACGUUUACGGUCGUCGUCAAGGAACCGACUCCGUGGAGCAAGGAGGACUUUGAUGCUAUCUUUGAAGACAAAGGCCAGUGUACCCCAGAAAACAAGCCCACGCAGUUGACCACAAUUCGUUUCGAGUCAUUCGAACGUGUCCAGGAGCUCUUUGGUGGAGAGGGUGUCGAGAUUGAGAGAACCGGCUACGAAGCUCGUGCGAUGAAAAAACCGCUUUUUGAUUCUUGGUACAAGGCUGGUCGUUGGGACGCUAUGUUGCAAGGCAUGGAAAUCCACUACAACAGCAUCAUGGGUAGCUUGCAGUUGCAGUUUGUUUUGGUCACUGGAAAUUCUUACCAUGAGUAGACGACAAAUUAGAACCAGGAAAAGAGGAGCCCGAUCGCGCACGAUGGGAGACGGAAGAUUCCAUGCAAUGACACUUUUCGUCUCUGCGUCAACAACCGGAUCUUUUUACAUGUUUGCAUAGACUGAUGUUCUUGGCAGAAGGAGCAACCAGUAUCACAAGUUCAACAAAGCUUUGUCAUCCAUCCAAUGGGUCCAUAGUUCUGCUGCGUUCCCACUGAUUGGCCGUUCUCGAGCAGGAAAGAGCGCUCCGGCGAAGGCGGCUGCUCAUCAUGUGGUGGAUCCUGAAGGGUCGCACAUCGGGCAAAGCUGGGAGCUUGUCUUAUUAAUAUUAUUGUUAUUGUUUUUUGUCUUAG